UGGCUAGUCUAUGCGACAGUAGUCAUAACAGAGGAACUGGAGUUUAGAAUGGGACACCUUAUAUAGGGUUGAUUUGUAGGACGAGAGUUAAGUCAACAAAACAAAACUUGCCGAGUCAUAGAACUCGAUACUUUGUAAACAAUGAAAUCCACUGUGAAGUUUGAAAGCUGUUAAAAGCCCCGUCGCUUAUUGCAUUGUCGCAGUCGCCAUUUUGGAGUUGAGCAAUCGUCAGGCUUUACAACAUUCGUCUGGCAAAAUUUGAGGAUCUUUGAUAUCUCACUCAAAGUCCAGAAGGUGACAAAGCAGAUAAGAUGCCUAAAGCAGCAGUACUGCUGAUUCUCGGUCUGUUCGUCCUGGGUAUCCAGGCAGACGACCGCCGCCAUCAUGGUGGGUCAGCGCACCCAGAACCGACCUCCACUGGUCACCAUGAUUACAAAGAUUAUCAAGAGAAAAGACACCAUGAAAUGGAUAAAGACGAUGAUAAGGACGACGACAAGUGGAAUUUCUCCUCGUACAAGCGCUUCCACUCGGCCUGGAAGAUAACGGCCAUAGUCCUCGGUGUAGUGCUCGUAGUGGGAGUUUUUGCCGUGUCUGUGGCCUGCUGCAUCGUGUGUAGAUGCAAGCAGCGUUUCUGCACCACUUCCUACCGCAGCUCCUGUGGCGUGCCUCCAAGUGAGAAAUACAAGACACCUUCUGGCAUGGAAAAAGCCGUAGAGGCCGGAGUGUAUGCACCUCCCGCAUACGACGAGGCAGUGCAACAGGCGGAUGAAGUGAAGAAAUUCUGA